AUGCUGCUGCUGCUGCUGCUGCUGCUGCUGCUGCUGCUGCUGCUGCUGCUGCUGCUGCUGCUGCUGCUGCUGCUGCUGCUGCUGCUGCUGCUGCUGCUGCUGCUGCUGCUGCUGCUGCUGCUGCUGCUCAUGCCGCCACUGAGGGCCCCCGCGCGGCUGUCCGUGCAGAGCGCUGCUUUGAUUGUCCUGAUAACUCGCGUCGCUUGA